CGAUUAGUCUCUAAAACCAUAAACCGCAAAUAUUAUUGGUCGAUUUAGUACCACACGAGCCAUUCUUUCUUUUCUGGCUAAUCUGUAUGUACCAAUACUGAAAAUAAUGGAGGUGUAGUUGAAUGGCAGUCAAAGGGAUAGCCAUUGCUCCGCCAAGGCCAUGCCUUUAUUUAAUUAGAAUUCUAGUCUGCACAACCGCGGGUGUUACUGUCGCUGGCUUUUCACUAAUGCAAUAUAUGAAGUUGAAGAUGCCCCUUUCGCUCUUGCUUGCAUCCUAUUAGGCAAUACAUUUAUGAAAUGGCUUCUGUAAGCGGAACCGACAAGAUGAACUCGCUUCCUAGGAAGGCCAAGCAGCGCUACUUCGUUGCGACGGCUGUUAUAAUGGUCUUGUCAGCAGCUCUGGCGCUCGACGUCCUCUACCUGCGACCCGGGGCCUUGUCAAUAGGACAACAGGCCCUUGCGGUUCUAUUGUUGCUUCUAGGUUGGUUUACGCAAAUGUCCUUGGGCGGGACGCAUCGGUAUUAUGUGGAAAUGAUGCGGAAUGGGUGUUCGCCUCCGCCUCUAUUCCCGAAUGAUCCUUUCGGGGUACGCUUCCUCCUGGAUGCGGCGCAGCACAUAAAGUCGAAUACGUUGCUCGCGGCCUGGAGCGGACUCUUCCAUACGCUAGGACAUACGUUCAAGCAUCGUAUAUUCCCAGGUCCCGGUGACACGAUCGCGACUGAUGAACCCGAUAACGUGCGUGCCGUGCUUAGUACUCAGUUCGACGACUGGGACCUACCUCGGCUACGUAUUAAAGCAUUUCUCCCCGUCCUUGGUCACUACUCUAUUUUCACAUCUAAUGGGGAUGCUUGGAAGCGAGCGAGAACAACUCUGCGGCCGGCUUUUGUCCGUGAUCAGGUUGCUGAUCUACGAUGCCUUGAUCGUCACAUUGCUAGACUUAUACAAGCGAUCCCGCGCGACGGCAGUCCCUUCGACUUGCAGGCUAUGUUUUCCAUGAUGACUACUGACAUUAUAUCGGACUUUAUGUUUGGACGGUCGACUGACAUUCUGGGGAAUGCGCCCGAGGAUGGUCUAAGAUUCGGUCGCUGCUUCGACGUGUGUAUGCAGAAGGUUGCUAACCGGGCUCGACUGGGAUGGAUAUCAAUGCUCCUUGGAGACCGCGAGUUAGAUGAAUGUACAACAUUUAUGAAUGCAUACGUGGAAAAGUACGUCGCAGAGGUAAGGGGUGAACAAGGCGGGAAGAGUGAGGAAGAACGAGAGAGCAAGAGGUACAUGUUCCUUAACGAGCUACUUCGGACCGGGGAAUCGGAUGAAGUCAUUCGUGACCAUCUUAUGAGCAUAUUCACGGCUGGUAGGGAUACUACAACGAGUAUAUUGUCAUACCUAUUUUUCGAGCUUUCGCGACAGCCGAACGUGGUUGCUGCAAUCCAGCAAGAGAUGGAAGACCUAAAAAUGGACGACCCAAGUCAGCUUCCGGCUUGGGAAAGCCUAAGAGCCAUGAAGUACCUGAACUGGGCCGUCAAAGAAGCUCUACGACUUAGCCCACCCGUGGCGGCCAACGCCCGCGAAGCCGUACGCGACACCAUUUUACCUACCGGCGGCGGACCUGACGGAAAGUCGCCCAUCUUUGUAACCAAGGGUACGAUACUUAGAUAUUUACCUUGGGCUCUACACAGGCGGCAGGAUAUCUACGGUGCUGAUGCCGACGAGUUUCGUCCCGAACGCUGGGAGACUCUGAGAACUACUUUCGAAUAUAUCCCGUUUAACGCUGGUCCACGAAUUUGUAUCGGGCAACAAUUUGCCUUGACCCAGAUAGCGUUUGUUACGUUUCGGCUCUUACAGGCCUUCAAGAAGAUCGAGCGGAAAGAUGACAGGCCGCCUAUCCAAAAGUUCGGCGUUAACACUUCCAUGCUGUACGGAUGUUGGGUUAGCAUGACGCCUGCGUGAAUUCAGAACGUCGCUGUUGUAGGACUUUGGAAUACGUAGAAUGCCGCCAGAUUUUAGCUUCGGCCUUAUAUGUGAAAGAGGAUUUCUGAUGAAG